AUGGAUGAAAGAAAAAGAAAAGUAUCAUUGCGAAUAUGGAUCUUGAUUAUUGUACCUACAACUGUUUUUAUAACAUUCAUCUUUUUGUGCUACUAUCUGAUCAAGAGAAAACCAAAAAAGAGCAAUAAGAGUCUCCUAAGAGAAAAUUUUGGUAAAGAAAGUCUCACUUUAGAGCCCCUACAAUUCAACUUGGCCACACUUAAAGCAGCAACCAACAAUUUUUCAGAGCAAAAUAGGAUUGGCAAAGGAGGAUUUGGAGAAGUUUAUAAGGGAAUUCUUCUUGAUGGACAACACGUAGCAGUAAAAAUGCUCUCAAAAAAUUCGACGCAAGGUGCAAAGGAGUUUAAAAAUGAAGUUUCAGUUAUAGCUAAACUACAACAUAGAAAUCUUGUGACAUUUAUUGGUUUCUGUCUUGAGGAGCAAACUAAAAUUCUUAUAUAUGAAUAUGUAUCAAACAAGAGUCUUGACUACUUUUUAUUUGAUUCUCAACUAUCAAAAUUGUUAAGUUGGACUGAACGGUAUAAUAUUAUCAAAGGGAUUGCUCGAGGAAUAUUUUAUUUACAUGAACUUUCUCGGCUCAAAGUUAUACAUCGUGAUCUCAAACCAAGUAAUGUUUUGUUAGAUGAAAAUAUGAUUCCAAAAAUUUCAGAUUUUGGUCUAGCUAAGAUUGUUGAAAUAAAUCAAGAUCAAGUCAAUACAAAUAAAAUUGUUGGGACAUUUGGAUAUAUGCCUCCAGAAUAUGCAAUGUUUGGACAAUUUUCAGAAAAGUUAGAUGUUUUUAGUUUUGGAGUCAUGGUUCUAGAAAUUAUUACUGGCAAAAAGAAUUUGAGUUCUCACAAACCACAUGUUCCUGAAGGUCUCUUAAGUUAUGUAUGGAGACAAUGGAGGGACCAAACGUGGUUAGACAUAUUAGAUCCAAAUAUCAAAGAAAAUUAUUCAGAAUUUGAGGUUACUAAGUGCAUUCAAAUUGGUUUAUUAUGCGUUCAACAAAAUCCUGAUGUCAGACCUACAAUGACAGAUGUUCUAUCAUACUUUAGUAGUUAUUUCAAUGAACUACCAAGUUCACAAGAACCAGCAUUUUUCUUAAAUGAAAGGUCGAAUCCAACAAUAUUUCCUCAGGAAUCAAAUAUUAAUCAACCUAUCAACAACUGUAUUCCAUUCUCUACUAAUAAAAUGUCUGUAAGUGAAUUUUUACCUCGAUAG